GUCGUGAGCUCAACUCUUGCAGCUUCGGUCGGCAUUGAGAGGCGAUCCCAGUUGUAUGAAUAGUGAGUGCGGCGUGAGAGCUACCCUGCCGCCUUGCUUGGUGAUCAAGAUGUUCGGGUACUCGUGGACAAUGGGUAAUUCUAAAUAUGGAAGGACAUGAGGGAAUCAAUCCCAUGUAGCGUCGAUCCGUGUAAUCUUUGCCAUUGCCGUUGGGAUUCGUCAAGACUGGUUUUGGGUCAGGAGAAACGGACAGAGGAGGCCAUUCAACUCUUCCAGCAGCAGAGAGAGCGUUCUGUGUUUUUUUUGCCAUAUACGUGGAUGGUUGUUGACCCAUUCCAGGGCUUCGUUCAACUUCGUUCUACCAGCCCAUCCACACGUGCGAUUUGGAGAAAAAGCCUUUGUUCACGAUCUUUUAUGAUGGGACGACUAUUGGAAGAAUGUAGCCCAAGUGGCGUGGAAGGGGAACCCACACGACAUUCGCCGUUCCAACCCUCUCUGAGAAAAGGGAAUCAUGCUGCUGCGGUUUUUGUAAACUUGGUUUGGAGUGUUGAGUAAGGAAUUCGAGCGUUUGUUUACGAAGGUUUGGAAGUUGUGUGUGGGACUGGCAAGGUGGAUUGACUGACCCAACGACCGACAUACGCCGGUGGAUUGUGACUGCAACCUAGAGAUCGAAUGUGGAUUGCAGAAGCUUGAAGAUAGGAGGAUUGUAGAGGUGUAUCUAUGGUGGGCUUGAGAUGCAGCGCAGUAUGCUGUUCGUACAACGCAAGUCUGGCAGUGAUUUGGCGGAAUAAAUUUCACUUAUUUUGUGAUCACAGUGGCUAUCUUCGGAGAUAGUAGCCCGGGGUUUGUGGUCAACGCUGGGGAGGUUUUGCAGCAAUGGAUAAUCAUAGGAGCAGAGAAUGGAGAGAUUCUCCAGGUCCGCAUGCAUGUCCCUCAACUCCUCCAAGUUUGCACACGCACAAACUAUGGUGCACAGGAACCUUGGACUUGUGGCGGGACGGAUUGAUAUGUGCAUACGAGUUCAUCCCUGCACCGGCGAAGAACUUUAAGGUUGCCGGCGACUUCGGCAACCAGAGUGGACGUGUGCAAGGGCGAUUUGACUGCGACCUUUCCGUGAAACAUCCGUAUGACUACCUGGGGAUCGAUUUAAACCGGUCACACGACUCAUUUGGCGAGGUUUCAGAGGUUUCACACGCUGAUUCGUGUGCUGACAGUUUAGAUACGGAAGUGCAGGGAUUUGUGGUGCGCGAGAGUUUGCUGAAAGAUGAAGGGAAUACCUCGUUGCCGAGGGCCUCUUCGUCUCCUCGGACGUCUCGGGAUCACCGGUGGAAUGGGAAGAAGGAUUAUGGCUCCCAGUGGGUCCCUAUAGGAUGGAGCCGACUCUCGGAGCUUUUCCAAGCAUUACAGGGUGAUCCUAUGUGGGGCAACGAUGACAUCCUCUCGGACGAAGACGACUCUCUUGCAGUUGCCGAUGUGGCUUACCCCUAUUGGCAAAAGCGAAAUGGACCAACGUUUUGGUGUCAUGUUGACGCGCGCCACUCUAACAUUGCAAAAUUUUUUGGGAGUACAUGCUGGCUACAUCCUGCGGUCAGCGUUGCCCUCAGGGAUGAGAAGCGGCUCAUUAGUGACCGUAUGAAGCAUCUCCUCUAUGAGGUACCUGUACGUGUUGCCGGAGGCUUAUUGUUUGAGCUCACCGGCCAUUCGAUUGGGGACCCAAAUCGUGAUGAAGAAGAUGUCCCUGUUGUUUUGCGCUCGUGGUACUCGCAAAACUUCCUGAUCACAUCAAUGCACGUGAAGGGAGUGAUUGAUCACCUGAAUGUUCUAGGUGUCCUGGAAGUUCAGGAUCUGUUGGGUGCAAGCGGUCCGGAGGCGCCUAAGUCUACGCAGGAUGUCAUAGCGCAGAUUGCAAGCCGUCUUGCUAGAUGGGAUGAUCGGAUGUCUCGAAAACACUACUUUGGUGCAGCAGACGAAGUCGAGUUGAAGUACGUCAAUAGGAAAUGGAACGAGGAUUUGGCACUGUUGAGCAUAAUCUUAAACCGAGAAAUACGUCAUCUUGCCACUCAGGUUAUCAGAAUAAAAUGGUCUCUCCACGCGCGCCACGAAAUACUUCACGAGCUCAUGAUGCAUUUAAAGGAAGAGAAUGCUUUAAAAGUCUUGAUGAUGGUGGAGAAACAAACCCGUGAGAUGCUGGAAGAGCAGGAAGCUGUGCGAAACCGCUUGUUCACAGUACAGGAUGUGAUGCAGAGCAAUGCUCGAGAGAAGCUGCAGCAAAAGAGCCUCCGCGUGCAACACAAUUUAGCAGUGAUAGGCGGCGGAGGACUCCUCCUCUCCAUCAUAGUUGGCCUAUUCGGUAUCAACUUGGACGGCAUCCCAGGUGGCAGUGACAAUCCCCAUGCAUUCGCAAUCUUUGCUACUGGCCUGUUUCUCCUCGGUGCAAUUGUGAUUGCAAUUGGCAUCCGCUGGCUUGGGUUCAAGCGGCUACCAUCCGAGGAUGACAUCAUCUCUCGUAAGGCAGAGCUGGAGGAGUUCAUUGUCAAGUUCCAGAAGGCAGCUGAGGCGCACGAGAAAAUCCGCCAUGUCAGUUCGGACUCAUCGAUGCGAGACGUCCACGUCAAAAUCCAAAAGUCUAACGAUCACUACGUUCUACUCCAAUAAAAUUUAUCAUUUAGCUCCUCCCAUUUGUAGAUACUUUUUGCCAGCACAAGGUUGUCGAGGUUGUUUGAGUGAACUAUUGGCCAACUUUGUAGACCAGUAAGGUUUGCAGAGCAUGCUCUUGACAAUUCAAUUGUUCUCAUUCUAGGCACAUCGGUGUACUUUUAUGUAAUCUGAUAAUGUACACAAUGUUACACACAAAAAAAAAAUUAAGUAAAGCAGGAUGUUAUAGUACC